AUGUCUUCCAAUCCAUCAUACAGCCAUUACGACAUUCCUUGCGAUUUGUCGAACGCCAAAUACCAGAACAGCGAGCGGUCGGCGAGUAUCUCCACAACUGAUUCACGUACCAGCAUUCUUCCCUGUAGUGCUGGUUGUGACUUUCGCCCUCUUACCGCAAAGAAAUCUUCCGAUCGGUAUUCUUGCAUCUUAAUCAUCGUUGCCAUUAUUCUUUCACUCUUCUGCGUCGUCCUUAGCGCAUGCGUUGCAGUUUUGUUCUUCAAUCUGGAACAAGUUCGAGCACAACUUCAGAAAGAAACAAACAAUUUGUUUGACAGGAAGAUCUGUCUGCUUUGCGACGAACUGACCUUGUCCCCAUUUGACGAAGAAAAUGAGGCUACAAGAGAACUGGACGUGAAGUCAGAUUUUAACGGUGAUAGGGUGUGCUGCGCGAACGAUGCCAGGCAGUCUAAGAUCAUGUUUGACUUGCUUUUCAAGAAAAAGAACAAGAUUACAUGCAUUGAAGAGACCAACGCCGCCCAAACAUCUUGUAAUCGGACAUUACCUAACACAGGCUUUUUGACCGGAAGAUCAUCCGCACAUCUUCAUAUAGGCAUACAAAACACAGGUCCAAACAACGGUAUCGGGGACGAACCUGUUCGGAACUGGCGAUCCGACGAUCCUACAUCUCACAUGGAGGGAAUCAGUUUGACAAAGGACCGACUUGUUAUCAACACAACAGGACUGUAUGUCGUGUACAGCCAGAUUUAUUUCUCUAAGUACAUCAGUGCGAACGCCCCCAAAUCCAGUAGUGUGUUGUACCACUAUGUGUACCGAUACAACGUCAUCUACCCUAACUCAGGCAAUCAGCUUCUCAUGAAGAGUGUCAGAACAUUGAACCUUGACCCCGUGGCGUCACACAGUGACCACACGAGUUACACGUCAGCGACACUUCGUCUGACGGUUGGUGACGAAAUUUACGUCAAAGUGUCUAACCUAUCUAUGGUGUCGCGAGCAGAAAAGGCAAGUUUCCUAGGCGUAGUACAGAUAGCGUAA